AUUACAUGUGCAUUACUAGUACAAAGGCAGUUUAGACAUUGUGCUCAAACAAGUUUGGACUCGACCCAAAUCAGUUGCACAACAUAUUGAGUUUCAUUUUUUCAGCUAGAUGAAACUUAGGGAAAGCAGAAGCGAGUGCAGCUAUAGAGUCAAUGCCCCACUGAAGGAUUACUUAUAGCUCCAAAUCCAUAACAGCGUGCAUUGAGGACAUUACUGUUUCAUCGGAGGAAAGAAGUGUCUGCAUCAGUCCUCCACACAAGGUUGGAAAUGGACACACAGCGAACUCUCUGCACUCUGUUGGUUCUGCUGCUUCUGUAUGUCUCUGGAAGGGCGUACAAGUUUGACAUAUUCAAACAAAACCUAGAGCCGCAGGAAGGUGACGUGAGGCUGUUUGGCUCUCAGAACAUUUCCGAGGGUCGUGUGGAGGUCUAUCAUGAUGGGAAAUGGGGAACAGUUUGUGAUGACAACUGGGACAUGACUGAAGCCCAGGUGGUGUGUCGUCAGUUAAACUUCCCUGGAGCCAAAUCUGUCAUCAUUGGGAGGGACUACGGACAAGCACCUGGACCUAUUUGGCUGGAUGACAUCAACUGCAAAGGCACUGAGAAGCAGCUGGCUACUUGUGUGUUUAAAAACUGGGGAGAAACUGACUGCUCUCACAAAGAGGAUGUUGGAGUUGUUUGUGAAACUGGAAGUAUUGAUACUGCCAUCAGUAGUUUCACACAUUCACUGGACCACAGUAUCAGUCUGUCUGAUGACCUCGGCCAAAUCUUUGACAGUGGGAAUGGCUGUGACUUCCGGAUCAUUGUCCGGAGUCCAACUGGAAACAAACUGCAUGAUGGGACCCUGCAGAUGGUUGAGACAACAAUCUGUGCUCACAAAGUGAUUCUCUCAAAUUUCCCACUCUUCAAAGCUUCAGUGGGGAUUGAUAACAUCACAGUCAACAUCAGCCUGUCCUGCCAACCCCAUUUUACCUCCUUUAUCAGGUACCUUUACACCCGUAAGAUGGAUGUGAGCUUCUCUUCUGCACUGUGCCUCCACCAAAUGGCUUCAAAUUUUGGAAUAAAGCAGCUAAAGGAAGACAUAGGCCGGCUGUUUUCUAAAAUCCUCCCAGAUGACAGCACCUUCCAAAAACAGGUGUCCCUUUACAAAUAUGCACUGGACACUGAGGACUUAAUCCUUGAGGAAAACUGUGUCCGGUACCUGGCCUGGAACUUUGAAAACUUUACCAUGUCUCCAGCGUGGACUGGCAUCUCUGCGGAGCUUCUUGGAGCUCUUCUAACCCGCUCAGAUGUAGUUGUGCCAGAUGAGUAUUUUGUGCUUCAGAGUGUGGAAAGAUGGAUCUCAGAAAUGGGCAACUCCACCAGUCUGAAAACCCAGUUUGACCUGUUGAGUCACAUUCGUUUCCCUAUGAUCCCUGCUGAGAAACUGUUUGAGGUGGAGUCUAGCUCCCUUCUCUACAACGCUCAUAAUAAUUUGUAUCUUGAGAACAUAUUGAAAGCCUUUCAGUUUAAUGUUCUGCUCUUCGGUAAUCUGACCGACCCAAAGUACAACAAGCAAAAUGAUGAAUAUCAGCCCAGGAUCUACACUGCUGAGCCUUGGAGUGCUGCUAUUGACCUUUCAAACACAAAAGAACAGUUUCUGCAACCUAUCCGAUACAACAACAGGUACCAACAUGGCUAUGACUAUCGCCAAAGCUAUACAUAUGGUCAAAGCAGUAACAAGUUCUUCAGAACACCUGCUCACAACAGCCUGCUUUUUAAGGACAAGAUAAUAGACUGGAGGGCAUACAUCCUCCAGAGUCAGUAUGACUGUUCAAACUACGGUCUAAGGUGCGAGUCGGUUCCUAUGGCAAGGCUGGUCCCCGAAAAUCGAGUCAACCUAGACAGAAACAUCCUGUUUCGUAACCAGCUCCUGGUGAUGUGUAAAGGCCAGUACAUCUGUCAGGUUCAGGGCUUCAAAAGCUACAUGGCUCCUAUCACUACAAAUGGUACCCAGGUCCCUUCCUAUCCCUGUCCUGAUGACAAGUAUACCUACCGAUUUGUGGUGAGACCAGAGUAUGUCUGAGCCAACAUCAGGGCCAGAAUAGUUUCUUGUCACAUACAGAUGAUCAGCUUGUCUCAUUAUUCAUUAAAUUCCAAUCAAUUCUUAGUUCUCUAGUCAAUGUGAAUGAUUUUUUAAUGAUUAUGUACAAAUAUAUCACCACAAAUUUAGAAAACCUCAAUUAACCGGUGUUUUCAUGAAAAUCAAUAUCCUUACCUGCAUUUUUUUUUUUUUUUUUUUUUUAAUAAAGUGAUUUCUGGAUUGUU